UGAUAUAUUUGUAUAGAGUUUUUCAUAUAAUUGAGUCUUCAACAAACCAAACAACAUGAGUGGAAAACUGACGGUCAAUAAAAUUACAAACUGUUCUGAUCUUACUAUCAAGAUGGACAAAGCCACAAUAGUUGGUAAUUAUUCGUCUCUUGAAAUCAAUGAUAUCAGCAACUCUUCUGGAACUACAAUUUCUAUGACAGAUAUGAAAGUCAUGACAUUUGAUCAGUACAAUCGAUCAAAGUUGGGUGAUGGGGCCCGCAGAGACGGAUAUCCACGAGGAGUGUCUCAACCACCUGGAAGUUUGGUUGUAAACAAGGUUCGGGAUUGUCAUGCAACAAACAUUAAUCAAGAUGGAAUGAGUAUUGAAGGUAAUUUUGAUGAUGUAAAACUGAACGACAUCUCCAGAUCUUCCAAAACAGAUAUUUCUAUGAAUAGAAUCAAAGUUGAUAUUGAAGAUUCAAGUUCUGAUGAAGAUCAAAGUCCCACUCCAGCUUGCCAUGCAACAGAUGAUAAACAACCAACCCGUGAGAUGGCAGACCCUAAUCAGGAAGAGGAAUUACCAAAACCAUCAACCUAUGAAUAUUACAAAGCACCAAAGUUUCAAUUCAGCAUAAAGUUAGGUGGUGGAGCUAACGUCACAUGCACAUUCUUGCAGAGGGAUCGUGUGAAAAGUAUCAAGAAAUUUAUCAGAGAAUUGCAACCUCGCUUUGGAGACAAGGAAUUCAGGCUACAGAUUGUUGGUGUUGAACCUCCAACAUUCGUAGACAAUGAUCCUGAACUGACACUGGAGAGAGCAAAUUUCAGAGAUAACCUCGAACUUCGUACAGUGAUGACUUCUCCUACAUCGGAUAAUUACUGAUUCAUCAACCACAUAUUCUGCAACGGUUUCAAUUUACUCUCUGAAAUUCAAUUUUUCUACUGUUCUUUGUUGAUAAGCUUAAAGCUUCGUUUCUAUCAUGUUAUUAAGCUAUUUUUAUUACUAUUGUAUUGUAAAUAUUUUAUGUAUACUGAUUCUUCAGCCACUGAUAUAAGUCAAACCCGAUUUUUUUACAUUAGUGAAAAGUUAAGAAUGUCACAUAUCCUGCCAUACUAUCACUAAUCAAAUUCGCUGGAAACGUUCCUUUUAAGGACAUUCUGCACUAAAGUUAAUAUAAGCAUAUGGUCACAGAAGUCCUAUUAAAAUUCUUGGUUUAUGUUGGGUGCCUGGCUCUCAACGUUUGGCUAACCUAUAUAAAAAUAUAUUGAAUUUUGCUCUUUUCAGUCUUGUGUGAACUGUGUAGUAACGCUUCAUUACAUUUUUCUUGGUGGAAAUGUUUUUUGAUGCCUAUUAUAAUUUCUCUCUGGUUUUGAAAGCGAAUUUGGUGAUUUUGCAUUUGCUCAUUUUACUAGAUGUGAUAAUAAUUUUUUUUAUUAUCUGAUGUAUUUCCUGCAUUUAAUUAUAGAUUAUAAAUAAAAGUAGUAACUUGUUAAUAUCUGUG